AUUACUGCGAACCAACGAAGCCUUUGCCAACUUGAUCGAACGUUUACAUACAUUCUACCGCGUAUCAUAUGGUUUCAGUCGAUUGAAGUUCGAUGAUUACAUUAUAAUUCCUUUCCAAAGAAUCCUUCGAUAUCGUCUUAUUCUGCAAUCCAUCAUCCGAGCCACCCAAAAAGAUACUGCGGAAUACGAAGAGUUAUCCAAAGCGCAAGAUAUUAUGCACGCCAUUGCCUCGAGACGCUUUCUUUUUUAUGUUUCUUUUUUAUCGCAGAGUUUGCCUAAACGUUGGUACAAGAACCUGGGAACGUGCUUGCUUAUCGGUACGCUGGAGGUCCGCUACGCACAGCAUGGCAUGAAAUCCAAGCGUUACGGCUGUGCCUUGUUUAAUUCUUACAUGAUUAUCGUGAAAGCCAAGAAACAUAAACAGUACGAACCGCGUUACUGGUUUCCUUUGCGAUUAUUUAAUCUGGAGAAUAUGCACGAUCAUGAAGCCGUCUCUUGUGGCUGGAUUUUACGCAACGAUAAUCAGAUCCUGGAAUUUUCUUCCAUUUGCGAACAGGAAAAGCGAAUUUGGAUGGACACGCUGGGCCACGCCAUUGAACAAACCCGAAAACAACACAAUGAAAAUGACAGUGACCCCGUGGAAAAGUUGUUCGUCUCAUCUUUUGACCAGUAUACCGCACAAGUAUCCACUCCAAUGUCCGCAUCCACAUCGUAUGCCAGUUUCCAAAGUUCGGUAGCACGACAGGACUCAUUACAGGGAACGCCGCGAUCGUCCACGAUGCCAAAUGCGUUGACCGACGAUGCUUUACUAGACAGUGAGGAAAAGCAGACAAAGAAUCGAUCAUUGAGCGCAGUGUACGAUAAAUCCGCGGACAGUAUUCCCCCGCUAACCAGCGAUCCCUCUUCGUCCAGCCUUCGCGCGCGGUCGAGUGUCAGUGAUUUUAAAGAUUUUUUCUCGGCCAACAUUACGGAAAAAUGGUCCCACCACAAAUACAACCAGUACCAUGCGCGACGAUUAUCCAUCGAUAUCAAAUUUGAAGAUGUCUGUACGACGCCCAUUCUCACUGCACGAUCGCAAGCACGCCAGGAUUACGGAAGCUCUUAUGAACAGUGGCGACGACGAAGCCAGUUACCAAAGACAGCAUCCAUGAUGUCGUUCAGCGAUGUGUACGAUUUCGUGUCACCUUCCUCAUCGAGCCCGUCUCCUCAUCAUACCUACUACGGAUCGACUUCGAGCAGUCCCCGAUACCAUUCAUUUGGUGAUUCUUUGCUCAAUGUCGUUCGUCGCAAAUCGUCUUUACCGACACGAAUCAAUGGAGAUUACUAUGACUAUCCUUCACAUCCUUCGCAUCAACGGUCUCUUCCUAUGAGACGCCUUCAGGUACCUCCUCCUUCAAGAUCCACCCUCGAUGGUGGUGUCUCGUCUCUUUCACCAUUGCAUCCGACCGACAGUAUGAUUUUCCGGCUCUCACAACGGUCGCAGGACAAUCUGCAGCCAUCGAGACCGCAUCCUGAAGCCACCCUGCCUGCUGUGGCCAAUCAUGCCACCCUACCGCGGUCAUCUAGCCAUUUCUUUGGCAAGAUGAAGGAAAAGUUUGGCCACCUCAGCACACCGAGGGGUGUACGUCGCAAUGGACUGAACGCCCCUACUGCCGUACGUGUACCGAAAACAAAUGCAAAAAGUGGAAACAUGGCGGCUCCGUCGCCGUCCACGUCAGACCAUCGGGUAAAUGAGCUGCGACAGUCUGUAAACAGAUCAUUGUACGUAACAAGAAAAUGACAUGCUGACGUGUUGAUAGUUGACAAAGAAAGCCACGGACAAGCCCUUAAUGAUGCAUGACAAUUACUCGGUACUGGAGUUGCCCAAGUACUCGACCGAGGUACUCAAUGCGCCAGUGGUUGAAUCCGAUUCUUCCAUGAGUAUCCCGAGCGACACGGAUAAAAGUUCAGCACUGUCGAUUUCCGUCGAUUCGGCCGAUCUUCGAGAGCGACGAUUUCGUGGUUUCAAAAGUCGAUUGAAGGAUUUCGCGUCGCCUCGUCUUAAACGAAAGCAAACCCCUUGAAUAAUAGUAGUAUCCUCUUGAUCGCUUCCUCAUUUGUAUAUAUAACUAUGUGAUGCAAUUCUGACCAUUUCGUAUAUAAGAG